AUGUGAUUCCAACGAUAUCAUUCCUUUCUGUACUUCAUUGUUCUCAUAGAAUUAAAACAAUUGUUAAAACUUUCGAAACUAUUAUAGUUAUCGUCAUUUAAGUAUCUGAAGUUUAUGUAUGUGUGUAUGGGUGCAUGCGCGCCCGCGUGUCUGUGUGAGGGAGAGUAUUAGUGUGUGUGUGUGUGUGUGUGUGUGUGUGGAAGGGGGGUGGGUGAGCGCUUGUGCACAGGAGAGCAGGAGCGCGCAGAGUCCCGGUCGGUCCCGCGGUGGAGUUGUAGAGGAUGGAGGUCCGACCUGAGCGAUUUAAAGCAGCAGCGGCGAAGACACUUGGAAGGAUAAACCGGGUUCUAGAGAAGCGUCAGGAGAAUGGAGAGACGAUCGAGUUGUCGGCGGAGGGUCGUCCAGAGCUCCAGGAGGAGAAGGAGCUUCCGGUGGUGGACUGCACGUGUUUUGGCCUGCCGCGGCGGUACAUCAUCGCUAUAUUGUCAGGCCUGGGAUUCUGUAUCUCAUUCGGUAUCCGCUGUAACCUGGGUGUGGCCGUCGUUAGCAUGGUGAACAACCACACCAUCUAUAGAGAAGGCAAGCCAUACAUUGUGAAAGCUCAGUUCACCUGGGAUCCAGAGACUGUAGGAAUGAUUCAUGGAUCAUUUUUUUGGGGAUAUAUCGUCACUCAGAUUCCUGGAGGCUUUAUCUGUCAGAAAUUUGCCGCCAACAGAGUUUUUGGCUUUGCAGUCGUGGCCACGUCUGUCCUGAAUAUGAUGAUUCCCACAGCAGCACGGAUUCACUUCAGCUGUGUGAUUUUAGUAAGGAUACUACAGGGGCUGGUGGAGGGUGUGUCUUACCCAGCAUGCCACGGGAUCUGGGCUAAAUGGGCCCCGCCGCUAGAAAGAAGCCGAUUGGCCACAACAGCGUUCUGUGGCUCAUAUGCGGGAGCUGUGAUCGCCAUGCCGUUAGCUGGAGUUCUGGUUCAGUACUCAGGCUGGUCCUCAGUAUUCUACGUAUAUGGUAGCUUUGGGGUCUGCUGGUAUUUGUUCUGGAUUCUGGUGUCAUACGAGAGUCCGGCGGCUCAUCCCACCAUCACCCCGGAGGAAAGGAAAUACAUUGAAGAUGCCAUUGGGGAAACGGCUGGACUCAUGAACCCAGUGACGAAAUUUAACACUCCAUGGCGUCGGUUUUUCACAUCGAUGCCCGUUUAUGCCAUCAUCGUGGCCAAUUUCUGCAGGAGCUGGACCUUUUACCUGCUGCUCAUCAGUCAACCUGCGUAUUUUGAGGAGGUGUUUAAGUUUGAGAUCAGCAAGGUUGGCAUAAUCUCUGCUCUUCCUCAUCUGGUGAUGACCAUCGUUGUGCCGAUCGGAGGACAGCUGGCCGACUACCUGAGGAGUCGCAACAUCAUGACCACCACAAACGUCAGGAAACUCAUGAACUGUGGAGGUUUCGGGCUGGAGGCCACGUUUCUUCUGGUGGUGGGUUUCUCUCACACUAAGGGUGUCGCCAUCUCGUUUCUUGUCCUUGCUGUUGGAUUUAGUGGUUUUGCCAUUUCAGGGUUCAAUGUAAAUCAUUUGGACAUCGCUCCUCGCUACGCCAGUAUUCUGAUGGGCAUCUCUAACGGUGUGGGCACGCUCUCUGGCAUGGUGUGCCCUCUGAUUGUUGGUGCCAUGACCAAAAACAAGACGCGGGAGGAGUGGCAAUAUGUGUUUCUCAUUGCUUCACUUGUUCAUUAUGGUGGAGUUAUCUUCUACGGUAUUUUUGCAUCGGGAGAGAAGCAGCCGUGGGCGGAGCCAGAGAACAUGAGUGAGGAGAAAUGUGGUAUAUUGGGAGAAGAUGAGCUGGCGGAUGAAACGGAAGAGCUGUACCGCACAACGGGCGGCGGCGGCGGCUAUGGAGCAACUAUCCAAUCAGGUGACCCCAAUGGGGCGGGGACUGGAGGGGGUGGAGCCGGAGGAAGCUGGGUCUCAGACUGGGACAAAACAGAGGAAUACGUCCAACCUGUCGGCACGAAUAGCUUCCUGUACGGAGGAGAGGAGGACAGGGGACUGACCGAAUGAUUUUGAGGGAUUCUGGGCUCAGAGAUCAAGCUGGAAGAGGACGGGUGGGUGGAAAACAAGGACUGAAUAUUCCUCCCGUGCAGAAACUGACUGGGACGGAGGAAGUGGUUUUGUCCCAAACUAAAAAAAAACAAAACAUCAUAAUUAACAUCAAACCUCUCUAGUGAUAUCACAUAGAUUCAGCAGAAGUGUGUGUGAGAGUGUGUGUGUAUCAGUUUGAGUGCAUGUGGGGUAUGAAAGCCUAAAAUAGGCUAAUCUACAUGACCAAUCAAACGUAUGGACAUUCACUACAUUUAUUCAGUCAAAUGUGUCCAUUCUUUGUGGUCAUGUGUUUUAGCAUUUAAAGUGAUCAUCAAGGUUUUGACAGUAUUACUGUUAUGAGAUAUUCCUGCCAUUCUGCCUAAAUUGUGACAAUCAUGAAAAUGUGUGUAAAUGGUGAUACUCACACAUGAAAUAGAUGUUCAAUCCACAUUUGCAGAACAACUAAAGUAUAAUUCCAAUUAAAAAAAACAAGAUUUAGAGAAUUGAUCUCAUGUGCCAAUACUGUGAGGUGUGUUUAGUAUUGGUCCCUUUUCAACGAGUCUCAUGUAGACAAAUACACAUUUAAAGGCUAGUGAUAUGAACUAUUUGGAUAAACUUAUAGGAGUGUUGACAUAUUUUGUUUUUGAUAGCUAAUUCUCUUUAACGAUUGAUUUUUUUGAUCUUUAAUUUUUAUUUUUUUAUGUAUUUAAUCUGUAGCCAUAGUUAAAUUGUAUUCAUUUAUUCUAUUGAAGGAAUAUUAAGCAUUCAAUAAAAGUUCAUCUCUACCAACAGCGUUUAUGGCAUAAUAACAAAGACUAUAAAUUAAAAGACUAAAAAUUCGCCUGGGAGUUUGAUUGACAGGCAAUCUAACCAAUCAAAACGCCGAAUCCGCCGUUACGUCGACAAAGCAGUCAGGGGAGUUAGUAGAUUAACGUCGGUAGACUUGAACUUGAAAAAUGGUGUGUACUGACGUCUUUCCGCGGUUGAAACAACAUUCCUUUUGAUGUUCAUUCAUGUUUAUUUGAUGCUAUAAAUUAACUAGUACGAGGAGAUGAUCGCCGCUUAAACUGAGGCGCUACAGCGAUCUGUCACCACACAUUAAAGAGCCACAAAGAGGUAUUUACUGUUCAAAUUUCUUUACAAAUUACAACAUUUGCUUCAUAUCCAAACUAACCUGCUCUGUCUUAUCUGUCGUCGUUGUUAGUGUCCUCUUUGCUCCGCGAUGUAUUUUUCACUGCGCAAGAGCGGAUAUAGCAACAGUAAAUAGAGGGGGCGGGUCUUUGCUAACGGUCAAAUUGAGUGACAGAAUUAUUUUUCUGUGGUAAUUGACAUUAUCCCACAAAUGUUGUCAAUAGAGCUUUAUUUUAUUGAAACAAAAACAUUCCUUUAAUUUCUAAUUUGUUUAAUUAAAACAUCAUGUUCAGCCUUUACUUUUUUGUUCUAAGUCGGACAAAAACGAUGCCAAGCGCUGACCGUUUGCGUGGAGGGCGUCCACUCAGCAACAUGAACAACAUGCUAUUGAAAGAUUGCACAAAUAGACGAGAGACGGACCAGAAAAUGGUAGUAGAGAAGAUGAGAUGACCCUGCAGGUUAGUUAGAGUACGGUUGAAAAAAAAUAACACAGUUUACCUGAAAUUAAAGUCAGAUGUUAUAUUGGCACUUCCUCUCUUUCUCUCCAGCAUGGCACUUGACAUUUUCAGUAUACUCUUAUUUAAUCGCACAUCAACAAAUUAAAGGGAAAGUUCACCCAAAAUUAAAGUUUCGUCAUCAUUUACUGACCCUCAUUAUGUCGUCCCAAACCUAAAUGAAUUCAUUUCUUCUGUGGAGGAGUAUUUGGCACUCUGGAUAAAAGGGUGAAUCUCAUGACAAAGUGGAUCAUUUAUUUCCAUCCCCAAAAAACAAAAACAACAACAACAAAAAAAUCAGAACAUUUAAUUUUGCAUUCAUAAAAAUAUCUUUAUUAAUUUAAGAAAAUGAAAUUGAAAAAUAAUAAAAAAUAUUUAGACAAAAUAUUUUGUUAAUAUAUUUUUUCAUUUGAUUAAUUUAUUAGAUAUUUUUGCAUUGACAUUUUUAUCAGUAAUAAAAAUCAUUCUGUCAUCAUUUUUUUAAAUUAAA